UUUGUCUACAGUUUUAGUACACAAAGUACUUCAGUUAUUAGUGGACAGUGAAUUAUUUGUAAAUAUUGUUCAAUCUAAAUAACUCUGAACACUGUGUUAAAAUUUUGAAUGUUAAGUUUUUAAGGCUUUUUUGUGUUUGUUGUAUCAAGUUAUUCAAGAAAGCGACUAUAGUUACUGAAAAGGUUAAUUAAUUCGUAAUGGUGAUGGAAGCAGAUCCGAUAGCCGAAAAACGAAAUGACGAAAGAGUGCACAGUGCGCCUUUGAAGGCAAGGGCGGGCGGUGACGUCAUGGGAGAGCGUUCAGUCGAUACUUUGGACAUGGCCUUCACGGGACCUUCAAAUUUAGUGCUCACACCAGCCCCGGAAUGUCGGAAACUCUCCCGUGGCAUUUCCCGGGCCACGGAUAACGAAGGCCUGGUGUGGGCGUUACGUAACAACACAGACCCGGAACCAAGCACGCUAAGCUCCGAUCACAUACUGCUCCUACCGGAUAUAACGGUUUACCCGCCGGAUUUCAGAACAUUCUUGGAGAAGGACUUACUAGAGACAGCCACUUUGGUCACAUUAGAGACGGCAAACAUAUUGAACUGGUGGUGCCAUGGCCGUGUGCCGGGUGCUCCUCAACUGCUGCCACUAGCGACGUCAGGAGACGGGAACUGCUUACCUCAUGCGGCGUCAUUAGCGGCCUACGGCUUCCACGAUAGACUGCUCGCUUUGAGAACGAAAGUACAGGCUCUACUGUCCGGGGAGUACGGUGAAACCAUAACGAACGCGAUCCGGCGUCGCUGGCGCUGGUCUGAGAGCGCGUCGCUGUGCGCGGCGGGGCUGGUCCCGUCGGAGGGCGAGUGGGCCCGCGAGUGGCGCGAGGCGGUGGCGGCGGCGGCGCCCACCCCCCGCGCCCCGCACCCGCAGCACGCGCCGCACUACACCGGGCUGGACGCGCUGCACGUGCUCGCGCUCGCGCACGUCAUGCGGCGCCCGGUGCUCGUGUUCGCCGACGUCGCUCUCAGGGAUUACCACGGUGACCCGAUAGCGCCGAUCCCGUUCGGGGGCGUGUAUCUGCCGUUGGAACUGGACCCGGCGCAGUGCAGCCGCGCGCCCGUGCUGCUGGCCUACGACGCGGGACACUUCUCCGCGCUGGUCCCCUGCGAGCCCCUGCCCGCCGCCGGAGCUCGAGUGCCGCUCGAAGACAGCGCUGGAAACCCUAUGCCGAUCAGGUUCAGUGUAGAUCCAGGCGAAGACUUCCGCUGGGACGUGGAGCACGAUCAAAAAGUUAUCAACAACCUACUCCCGGACGAAUACGAGCGAUCCGCCAUGCUGGCUGCUUAUUUAGACCUCGAGAGGGUUGAAUGCGUAACGCAGAACCAACCCCCCGAAGAGCUAAGACGAUCGCUGGACGCAUUGUCGACUAAAAGCUCAAAACAAUUAAAUUCUGUCGCCAAACAGUUUGGCAGCAUCGGCAGAUCUAUGAGCAGUAAGAUAAAGAAGAAUUUUGGGUCCAUGGCCAAACUGACCGGCAAGAGCAGCGGCAGUCAAAGUAAUCCUGAAGAGAGCUUGGUUCGGAGGCAGUCGACGUGUGAGGUGCUCUGUUGCAGGGUGCUAGCGGCAAGAGCACCCGUGCAAGAAGAAAUGGUCAAAAACUAUCUUAACGAAGCAUGGACGGGGUACACCGCGGAAAAGAACCGCAAGGAAGCGUCGCCCUGCGAGCCCGGGCAGCCGCGGUACGGCACCGGCAAGUCGCAGUUCUACGCGGAGGCGGACCGCGCGGCGCACGAGCUGGCCCGCAGCCACGCCGCGCGCUCGGGCCGCCCCGCCGCCGACCGCACGCUCUACCUGUCCCGGUCCACGUUCUACGACGACCGCCCGCCCUCCCCGCGCCCCUGCCGCGCGCCCCUCUGCGCCUACUACGGCAGCCCCGCCAACGACGACUACUGCUCGAGGUGUGCGAAACUGCAGUGAGCGCUUCCGAACUUCUACACUAUCUUAUUAUUAUUAGUCCAUUAAGAGUAAAGCUGCUUUCAGACUACGCUAUACUAUAGUGCCAUAUAGUAUAGCAGCGUAUACUUACCCAAUCAU